AUGAAUAUUGCUGACUCUAUUAUGGCAAUGGCACACUGUAAGUAUGUUACAGUUAACACUGACAAUAUGAAGCUUGUUCUUGGCAUCAGUGCCAAAAUCAGGUCAAACUAUUUCAGCCUGAUUGAUGUGCCUGAUUGCUCUGCUCCUGCUGCCACCACCUGCCGCCUGCGUGCUGCCCCCGCCCCGCCAACUGCCCCUGCUGCCACCACCCACCGCCUGCAUGCUGCCCCCGCCCCGCCAACUACUGCUGCCGCCGCUCCACCACCACCACCACCACCCACCACUGCCUCCCUGCCUCCCCCCGGCGCUGUCAGGGUCUCCGCCCAUCAAAUAGCAGGUAUUAGAGCCCCUGUCCAGUUCACAAAGCUGGUUCUGGAGGAGCAGGAGAAGGAGAAGGAGGAGAAGGAGAAGAAGGAGAAGAAGAAGAAGAAGUAG